AUGGUUACUGAAAUCUCGGCCCUCGGCGACGACGACCUCCAGCUUCUCCAGGACCGCGACGGCGACGCGCGCGACGACAACGUGACCACCUGGCUGCCCAGAGACCUGCAGCCGCUGCACUACAGGGUGGCCAUCCAGCCCGUGCUGCAGGAGGGCAACUUCACGGCCCCGGGCGAGCUGGAGUUCACGUUCCGGGCGCGCGCCGCCACGGACAGGGUCGUCAUCAACGUGCGGGACCUCGCCGUCGACGAGGCCUCCGUCGCGGUGGAGGAGGAGGGCCCCUCCGGGACGUGGAGGUCGGUGGGCGUGCUGCGGCACGAGUACAACGCCUCCAUGGAGACCUACGCGGCCGUGCUGCAGGCCGCGCUCAGGCCCGGCCGCGCCACCAAGUACCGCCUCAAGAUGAAGUACGUGGGCGGCGUCAGGGACGACCUCAAGGGGCUGUACGCCCUCACGUACCCGGGCGAGAACAACGCCAAACGGUACAUGGCGCUGACGCAGCUGCACCCCACCAACGCGCGCACCAUGUUCCCGUGCCUGGACGAGCCGCAGCACAAGGCGCGCUUCACGCUGGCGGUGGCGCGCCGCCCGGAGCACACCGUGGUGGCCAACAUGCCGCUGCGCGCCUCGGAGCCGCGCGCCGACGGCUGGGUGUGGGACCACUUCCACACGUCGGUGCCCAUGUCCACGUACCUCAUCGCGCUCGCCGUCUUCGACUUCAAGUUCCUGCAGUUGACGGGCGAGCGCGUGACGCAGCACGACCGCGUGCCCGUGGCGGACGCCGUGACGCGCGACGUGUCCGUGGCGUUCCGCAACGCGUCACGUGACUCGUCACGUGACGUCACCACCCGCGUGUGGGCGCGGCCGGGGCUGCUGCACCGCGGGGAGUACGCCGCCCGCAUCGGCCCGCGCGUGCUGCGCUUCUUCUCCGACAUGUUCAACAUCUCGUUCCCGCUGCCCAAGCAGGACUUGGUGGCCGCGCCCAAGCUCAUGUUCAGCGCCAUGGAGAACUGGGGCCUCAUCACUUUCAGGGAGGACUCUCUGCUGGUGGACGAGGCCAACACGGGCAGCAGGCACUUGGUCGCCACCACGGUGGCGCACGAGCUGGCCCACCAGUGGUUCGGCAACCUGGUCACCAUGACCUGGUGGAACGACGUGUGGCUCAACGAGGGCUUUGCCACCUUCAUGAGCCAGCUGGGCGUGAGCCACGUGGAGCCGGGCUGGCGCAGCGAGGGCGUCUUCGUGCUCGAGAACAUGCAGGGCGUAAUGCAGGACGACGCGCUGCCCUCCUCGCACGCCGUGUCCAGGGAGGUGUACCGCGUCGGCGACAUCGACAACAUCUUCGACGCCAUCUCCUACAAGAAAGGCUCGUCGCUGGUGCGCAUGAUGAGCGCGUUCCUGGGCGCGGACGCCUUCCAGCGCGGCCUCAACGCGUACCUGCGGCGGCACGCCUACGCCAACGCGGCCCAGGACGACCUCUGGGCGGCGCUCACGGAGGCGGCCAGGACGGCGAGGCGGCCGGGCGGCGCGCGCCUGCCGCCGGGCCAGUCCGUCAAGAGCAUCAUGGACUCGUGGACGCUGCGCACCGGCUUCCCCGUCGUCGACGUGGUGCGCGACUACUGCCGCGGCACGGCCAACGUCACGCAGCGCCGCUUCCUCGUCGCCACGGCCAGCUCCGUCACCACCGCCACCAGCACCACCACCGCGACGACGGGCUCGCCGUCGGCCCAGGACGCAGACGCAGAGGACUGCUGCUGGGGAGUUCCCCUCUGGCUGAAGACUCCGCGCAAUCUGUUCCGCCCCUCCAAACCCACGGAGACGCUGCAGUGGCUGCAGACCCGCGGCGCGGAGGUGGCCGGGCUCCCCGGCAGCGCGCAGUGGGUGCUGGCCAACGGGGCGCGCGCCGGCUUCUACCGCGUCAACUACGACGCGGCCAACUGGCGGCUGCUGACGGAGGGCCUGGACGACCUGAGUGACCUGGAGCGCGCCGGCCUGGUGGACGACGCCCUGGCCCUGGCCGACGCCGGCCUGCUCGCCUAUGAGGUGCCGCUGGGGCUGCUGCAGCGGCUGCCGCGCACCGAGCCCUCCCUGGCCUGGGUGGCGGCGCUCUCGUGGCUCGCCAAGAUCUCCCACCUGUUGCACGGCACGCACGGCGCCAACGGCGCGCAAGGUUCGUCGUCGGCGUUCUCGCGCUGGGCGCGCGGCGUGGCGGCCGACCUGCUGCGCGUCAGCUCGAGCGCGGCCGUGCGCGCGUCCACGGACCCCGUGGACCACGCCUUCGUGACGCGCGUGCGCCGCUGGGCGUGCGGCCUGGGCGUGCCGGAGUGCCUGGGCCAGCACGCCCCGCACGCCCCCGCGGCCAGGCUCGUCUUCAACGAGACCGACAUUUGCGAGGGCAGCACUAGAACCCCAGAGGAAUGGAGCAGUCUGCUGACCAAGGUCAGCAAAGAAGAUUCGAACUUGUACCUCAAGUUGGCGGAAUGCAUUCAGAGUAGUUCAGCGGCGAGGAGGAUGAUGGAGAUGACAUUUAUGGAAGACGAGAAUGAUCAAAUGGUUUCGGAUUUACUCGUGAGGUUGUCAGCCAACCCACACUCCUAUGACACUCUGAUGCAAUUUUUGACUGAAAAUUUGACUCCCCUUCUUGACAGGCACGGAAAUGGACUUAGCUAUGACUUUGUAAAGAGCACAGCGCCGUUUGUGAAAAAUGAUGAUCAUCAGAACAAGAUGAAAAAAAUAUUUUUGAAAUCAAAUCUAAACGAUCUAUCUCACAGAGCAGAGCAGGGUGCGCACAAUAUUUGGUGGAUUGAGAAUCAAGCUGAGCAUGUUCUAAAAGCUGUGCAAGUAUUUGUCCAAUAAAAAGACGAAAAAAGAUGUGUCUUCUAGCUUCAAUCCAUUGAUUUUUUUUCUGUCACGACAUCGUAAAGAGAUAAUUCAAAAGGGAAAAGAAGGACUC